AUGGGUUUGGCUGGCAGGUUGGUUACGGAGGGGCUACAGUUGAUGGGUGAGCUGCCUGACUUAUGCGUGGGACCACGUGAGUUAGUGUCAGUGCAAGAGGUGAUACGAGAGGCGCGUUUGUCGAAAUCGGAGUUGCAAGCGUUAUUGAGCCCGAAUGUAUCACAAGCACUGGUACGCUACAUGGCCGAAUUUCUGACGCCAAUUCAAAAUCUAGCAGUCGCACAACCUGGUAAGCUCGUGGCCAAGGAGUCCGUUCGUGACCGACUCGACCAAUGGGUCAAGGAUGCUAACGAUGCUUGUCUAGGCGUCUCUACCAAUCGCAAGGUCGACGUCCCCCGGAUCCAGGACAUGGAGUUCGAACCCAACGGCAUCGUCCGGUUCCCAGUCGUUUGCGGCAAACUCAGAACCUUCGCUGUCCCCAUGAUCGAACUCUCAGACCAUACCACCAGAGUCUGGGCUGCCCCCGAAUGGCGCCCCGCCACCACCGAGUAA